AUGCAUAUAGUAGAAGAUUACAAGGACAGGAGCCCUCUUGUGAAGGUUGAAUGUUCAACCAAAGCAAAGAGCUCCAGUAGCAGAUGGCCAAAGACUAUAGCCAGUGGUGUGUUAGAGAAAUUUCCUGAAAAGGCUUUACUAGUGAUGGACCCAUAUGUGAUUCAGAUGAACAGCAACAGCAACCUUCCCUCAGUUCUGGAUGUGCACGUCAACCUUGGUGGGAGAAGCUCCGUGCCAGGAAAAAUGAAAGGCAGGAAGGCCAGAUGGUCCGUGAGGCCCUCAGACAUGUCCAACAAAACUUUCAAUCCCAUCCGGGCCAUUGUGGACAGCAUGAAGGUGAAGCCUAAUCCAAACAAAACCAUGAUUGCUCUGUCAAUUGGGGACCCUACUGUGUUUGGAAACCUGCCUACAGACCCUGAAGUCACCCAAGCGAUGAAAGAUGCUCUAGACUCGGGAAAGUAUAAUGGCUACGCCCCCUCCAUUGGCUACUUAUCCAGUCGUGAGGAUAUUGCUUCUUAUUACCACCGGCCCGAGGCACCCCUGGAAGCUAAGGAUGUCAUUCUGACUAGUGGCUGCAGUCAGGCUAUUGAACUUUGUUUAGCUGUGUUGGCCAACCCAGGACAAAACAUCCUAGUUCCAAGACCCGGUUUCUCUCUUUAUAGGACUUUGGCUGAAUCAAUGGGAAUUGAGGUCAAACUCUACAAUUUAUUGCCAGAAAAGUCUUGGGAAAUUGACUUGAAACAACUGGAAUCUCUAAUUGAUGAAAAGACAGCUUGUCUCAUUGUUAAUAAUCCAUCAAACCCCUGUGGGUCAGUGUACAGUAAAAGUCAUCUCCAGAAAAUUCUGGCUGUGGCUGCAAGGCAGUGUGUCCCCAUCUUAGCUGAUGAGAUCUAUGGAGACAUGGUGUUUUCGGGUUCCAAAUUUGAGCCUCUGGCCACCCUCAGCAGCAACGUCCCCAUCCUGUCCUGUGGAGGGCUGGCCAAGCGCUGGCUGGUUCCUGGCUGGAGGUUGGGCUGGAUCCUCAUCCAUGACCGAAGAGACAUUUUUGGCAAUGAGAUCCGAGAUGGGUUGGUGAAACUGAGUCAGCGGAUCCUGGGACCCUGCACCAUUGUCCAGGGAGCUCUGAAAAGCAUCCUACAUCGCACCCCUCAGGACUUCUACCACAACACUCUGAGCUUCUUGAAGUCCAACGUUGAUCUUUGCUAUGACGCACUAGCUGCCAUCCCUGGACUCCGGCCAGUCCGCCCUUCUGGGGCCAUGUACCUCAUGGUUGGCAUUGAGAUGGAACAUUUCCCAGAAUUUGAGAAUGAUGUGGAGUUCACAGAGCGGUUAGUUGCUGAGCAGUCAGUCCACUGCCUCCCAGCAACGUGCUUUGAGUACCCGAAUUUCUUCCGAGUGGUGAUCACAGUCCCCACAGUGAUGAUGCUGGAGGCCUGUAGCCGGAUCCAGGAGUUCUGCGAGCUGCACUAUCACUGUGCUGAAGGGAGCCAGGAGGAGUGUGACAAAUAG